AUGACAUCUACUUAAAAUUAAUUAGUAUUUCCUCCAAUAGGAUAACAUAUAAAGGAAUUAUAAGAUUAAUUGAAAGAAUCUGUUAUUUAAUAUAAAGCAGAUAGAUAUAAAGAAUAUAAAGAAAUUAAAAAGUAGAGAUCGAAAGAAAUUAAUGAAUAAAAUAAAUAUAAGAUCUUUCAUAGAAAAGGUAGAAGUGUAUAAUUAAAUAAUUUAGUAUUCAAUUCUUAAAGUAAAUAAUUUGGUGGUAUAUUUGAGAGAGAAAAAGAUAUUUAUUUAUGCAAAGAACCUUUAAUAAAUGAUUAUCUGAAAUACCAUAUUAUUGAGCCAUAAAGAAAUUUAGAAAAAGGUCUAAUAGAGAGUAUAUAACAAUGUUUAAUUUAGUUAAAACUGGGACAAAAGAGUUUUAUGAUGGUAGUUGUUUUGGUGAAGUUCCAUUAUCAAAAUUAGGAGAAAAAGAAAAAAAAUUAAGAGAAUUUUGGAUAAAAGAAGGGGAAAGAUAGGCAAAGAUUAAAUUCAAAGCUUUAAUAGAAUCUUAGACAGGAAUUUAAAAAAAAAUAAAUCAAUCAAAAAGAUUAUAAGAAUUAAAGGUUUUUAUCCCAAAUAAAUUCAGUCUCGAUUUAUUUGAUGAACAUCCAUCAUAAAUAUUAGCAUUAACGUAAAUAAAAAUAAAAUAAAUUUAUUAGUCAAUUACAUUAACAUUCAAAAACUAUGAAAUGGAAACCAAAUAGUUUUUAUGGGGAAGUAUUCGAUAAUAGUUUCUGCAAGUAAUCAGAUUAAAACAAAUCUAUUUUAUAAGAUAUUGAAAAGACAGAUUAAUAAGAAUGA